AUGCCCAAGGACGUAGUAUACAGGCCGCAUGAGGGCAAGUUUGGGAUCAUUACCGGGGGUUCACGAGGCAUUGGAGCCGCUGUGGCGCGAAACCUCGCCGCCAAAGGAUGCUCCCUGCUGCUUGUCUACACCUCCGACUCGUCGACGGAACCUACCAGGGCUCUCUGCAGUGAACUUGCCGAAGAGCAUGGAGCACUCUGCGUUCCUGUACAGGCCGACCUGGCUGAUCCGACUCGAAGUAUUCCCCAUAUUCUCACCACGGCAAGGAACCAUUUCUCGCAUCCUCGGACUGGAGUGUUCCAGGUGGACAUCAUCAUCAAUAACGCCGGCAUUGGGGGCAAUAAAGUGUUGAACGAUCCGGACCUGGGUCCGAUUGAAGAAACCCAAUUUCACAGACAAUAUAAUGUCAAUGUCCUGGCGCCAUUGUUGCUUGUGCAAGCAUGUCAGCCUUACCUCCCCAAGGAUCGAUCGGGUCGAAUUGUUAAUGUAUCGAGCGUAUCUUCAUCCAUCGGCUGCGAAUCACAAUCAAUAUAUGCGGGAACCAAGGCGGCACUGGAGGCCAUGACUCGAGUAUGGGCAAGAGAAUUGGCGGAGAAUUGUACCGUCAAUGCCAUCAAUCCGGGACCGGUGUGGGGAGAUAUGUACAGUGAAGCCGGAGAGACUUUUUGGAAGGUGAACCAGAAAUACGUGGAUAGCGCUCCUUUGAUGACUUAUACGGGCGAUGACGCGACGAGAGCCCGUGCGGGAGGUGAUCCAAACGAAUAUGAUCAGACGGUGAUGAAACGUAUGGGCGGAAAGAGACCGGCUUUUACGGAUGAGAUUGCUGGUGUGGUUGGCAUGCUCUGCUCUGAGGAGAGUGGGUGGACGACAGGGAGUGUAAUUUGCGCCAAUGGUGGCAUGAAGAUGUCGAUAGCAUGA